UGUUUAUACAUACUGUGUACCAAUCGCUGUUUUUGGCAUAAGUAUCAACCGUAUGACAGAGAAAGAUAUAAAACACUGAAUAAACAGGUUGCGAAAUAAAGUAAAUAAAGUUGCGAAAUUAUAAAUUCUCCUGGGUUGUGAUAUUUGUCAGAUGGCAAAGUCAGGUAUUAUUCAUUCGUUAAGGUCGAGUACAGAAAGUUUCAAAUUAUUAUUGAUUUUCUUAAUUUAAAAGAUCGACUGUUGAAAAACGGUUGGUUGCUCUCGGUGGAUACGUCAUAAACUUGACGGGAAGAAUUACGGAAAAGGAACAUAAUGAUAUAUUUGUAUUGCUAAAUAUACGAUAAGGAACAUGCUUGCGGCAAGUAUCGGAAAGAGCAUAAUCGCACAUCGUUGGCAAACAUGCCUGCGUACUUUGUUUACAACAAAAUUGAUGAACGAAAAAGAACACUUUCGACGAGAACCCUAUCAAUCUGGCAAACUCACCGAUAUUGGAACACGAAGGAUAUUCAGCAGUGAACACGAUAUAUUUAGAGAAUCCGUGCGGAGAUUUUUUAAUGAACACGUCGUCCCAAAUACGGUAAAAUGGGAAGAAGCAGGUCAAGUAGAUCGUGAAUGUUGGACCAAGGCUGGUGAAGCCGGUUUGCUAGCUGUCAGUAUUCCUGAAGACAAAGGCGGACUGGGAGGAGACUGGCUGUCCAGCGUGAUAGUUCAAGAAGAGCAGUGUUAUUGCAAUUCUACUGGUCCUGGAUAUUUGUUGCACUCUGAUAUUAUGAUGCCAUAUAUAGCGAAAUAUGGCACAAAGGAGCAAAUUUCAAAAUAUAUGCCUGACUUGACAGCUGGAAGAAAUAUUGGUGCUAUUGCGAUGACUGAGCCCAAUGCUGGAAGUGAUCUUCAAGGUAUUCGAACUACCGCCAAAAGAGAUGGUGAUGAAUGGGUUAUAAAUGGAAGUAAAACAUUCAUCACAAACGGAUAUCUAUCCGAUGUUGUAAUCGUAGCUGCCUUGACUGAUACAAACGCAAAAUCUGCGGCACAUGGACUAACUCUGUUUAUCGUGGACAAAAAUUCGCCAGGUUUCAAGAAGGGAAGAAUACUCAAAAAAUUAGGAUUGAAAGGACAAGAUACGUGUGAAUUAUUUUUUGAAGAUUGCAGAGUUCCAUUUGAUGCCGUAUUGGGAGGAGAGGCAGGAUUGAAUAAAGGUUUUCAGACUUUGAUGCGUGAGCUUCCCCAAGAGAGAUUGCUUAUAGCAAAUGUGUCCAUAGCAGCCAGCGAAUUUAUGUUCGAAGAAACAAGAGAAUAUGUCAAACAAAGAAAAGCAUUCGGUCGGCGAAUCGCGGAUUUACAAACCAUUCAGCAUAAACUGGCCGAACUCAAGACCGAAAUCGCUGCAACACGAGCUUUUGUCGACCAAUGCAAUGAGCUUCACAAUGUCGGAAAACUGGAUAAUUCAACGGCAUCAAUGGCAAAGUAUUGGGCAUCCGAAAAAGUUAAUUUUCAAGCGUACGAUUUUGUACAAAUGUUUGGAGGAGCUGGCUAUAUGUGGGAAUACCCUCUGGCGAAAACUUAUGUUGACGUUCGUGUACAUCCUAUUUACGGAGGCAGCAACGAAAUUAUGAAGGAAUUAAUCAGCAGGCAGAUUGUGGAAGAAUAGGACCCGCGCUAAUUUUUGUUUAAAAUCAAUUGCUUAGAAAAUCAUUUAUAUAAAAUGUAAUGUGUUGUUUCACUUCAUUAGCAAAACAUUCCUCAAAAGGUAUUUUUAAGCUAGAUUGAGGAUCAAUUAAUUGAUCGAUUCUACUACCUAAUAUCGUAUUCAUCUCGACAAUGCUUUAUAUUGUGUGCUUUUUGUGUAUAGGAAAUCGUUAACUUUCCGAUCCUAGCCGCCCACAUAAAUUUAAUUUGUUGAAUGCUUACUUUUGAUUAGUAUCAUGUAACAUUUUUGAGAACCAUUUUGUCCACGAACGUGACACGAAGAUGUUAUCAAUAUA